AUGACUUUGUUUGCUUCAAUCUCUUUAAUUUCUAAUCCAUUAAAAGGAUCAAACUCAAGAAUCUCAUCAUCAAAUGGAAGUGGUAUUUUAAUGGGAUCAAAUUCAAUAACAUGUGGAGGUUGUGGUGGAACAACUACUACAAUAAAAUCAUCUGGUUCAUUUACAAUUGAUUCUAGUAUUAAUGUUUAUGUGGAUUCUAAAAAUGUUUAUUCACGUACUUAUCAUGAUUCAUUUAAUGGCUGUUCUAGUUAA